AAAGAAACUGUAGGUGAUCCGUUGUCAAGGGAGCAGCCUAGGGAACCCAUUUCUCCUACAGCUGAGUUGAAAAAGAACGAUCAGAAGGGUGAGGUUGAAAAACCUAGGGAACCCAUUUCUCCUACCUCGGAAUGUGUCAAGACUGCCAAAGUUGAGAAUUCGGGAGAAGCUGAGGGGGAAAUUGGAGAUGACAGAUGUUCUGAAUCUCCUUCUGUGAAAGUUGUGAAAAAGUCUCCUCGCAAGCAGCCUAAAGCGUCUCAAGUUGAGAAAUUCAUAUUGUUGAGUGAUGAAAGUGUUGCUGCUAAUGACGGUUGUUCCAAGGCUGUGAAGGGGCGAAAGGGAGGUGCACUACGUAGUGUGUCUAAAUUGAAGCCUAGUUUGUAUGUGGUCUCUCCAUUCGAACGGGCAAAUCCAAGAGCUAAGAAAGCACAACCUUUGUACCGUGCUCCUCCC